UCCCUGCAGGGGUCCAGCCUGAGUCACUCACAGUGUAUUAUCAGCUCCUCGGUGACAAGGACGGUGGCUUAGCUGGAGCCAGGGAGGAAUGGAAGCAGGUAUGCACUGGUCUCGACAGUUUCCUAGCCACCUGCUCUCUGCCCCCUGGAGCUGACUUUUAGUGACCCGGGAUUGGUGCGGGCACAGGCAGGAGUGCGUCCGUGGGGUUGGUGCUGGGAGCGCCUCUGUGGCACUGGGCAGGGCGCAAGCUCAGGGCCUCUGCCUGGAUGGCACAGCUCUCCCUUCUGCUGGAAAGAUGACUCCGGAGAACACAGGCUGAACGAGGGGCCCACCCCUGGGCUUCUCUGCACCUCCAGUCCUGGGGGAGAGAGACGACAUCACUCCCUUUAAUCUCCUGGUCCAGGCGUGGAUGCAGACACCUCCUUUGGGUUUUCAUUAACAUAGCUGUCACAGGCUGACCUUUCCAAAAGACAUUAAUAAAUAUAAAAGGACUCUUCUGGGGACGGCAUCUAGAGGCAUUCAGGAUGGUGCAGCGUCUGACGUACCGUCAUAGGCUGUCCUACAAUACAGCCUCUAACAAAACCAGGCUGUCCCGAACCCCUGGUAAUAGAAUUGUUUACCUUUAUACCAAGAAGGUUGGGAGAGCACCAAAAUCCACAUGUGGUGUGUGUGCAGGCCAGCUUAGAGGCGUUCGUGCCGUGAGACCUAAAGUUCUCAUGAGGUUGUCUAAAACGAAGAAACACAUCAGCCGAGCCUGUGGUGGUUCCAUGUGUGCUAAAUGUGUCCGGGACAGGAUCAAGCGUGCUUUCCUUAUUGAAGAGCAGAAGAUCGUUGUGAAAGUAUUGAAAGCACAAGCACAGAGUCAGAAAGCUAAAUAAAAAAUGAACCAUUUUUGAGUAAUAAAUAAAAAAAAUAAAUAUAAAAGGAGAAUAAAAGAAAGCUAAAGAUAAGGUGUAUGAAGAAUAAAAACAGUCUGGCUCACAAGGGACAGGUUCCUGGUUUGUUUCCGGGGUUUUUGGGGUACUCUUCCCCACUGGAGAUAUGCUCCCCUAGCAUGGAGCGCACCUCUGCAUGCCUUUCUUCCAGAGUCUCUGGUCUCCUAGCGCUGACCUGUUUCCCUGUCUAAGGAGCCCUGGUGCCUAUCCUGCCUUGAGUCCUCCCUGGAGCAGGUGGGUCAUCUCUUCUCGUUGUUAUUCCGUUGCUAAGUUGUGUCUGACUCUUUGCAACCCCAGGGACUAGAGCAUGCCAGUCUCCCCCAUCCACUGUCUCCCACAGUUUGCUCAAAAUCCUACCCAUUGAGUCGGUGAUGCUACCUAACCAUUUCAUCCUCUACCUUCUCCUUUUGCCUUCAGUCUUUCCCAGCACCAGAGUCUUUUCCAGAGAGUCAGCUCUUUGCAUCAGGUGGCCAAAGCAUUGGAGCUUCAGCUUCAGCAUCAGUCCUUUCCAGUGCAUGUUCAGGGUUGAUUUCCUUUGG